GGGUGGGCCUAUGCCCUCCCAGGCCAACCCAUGGCUGCGCCCCUGCCCAGUCAUGUGAAAUCCAUAGAUUUCAGGACCUGGACACAUGGCUCAAGAGAGACCUGGACACAAGGCUCAAGAGAGACCUGGACACAUGGACUCAAGAGAGACCUGGAUACAAGGCUCAAGAGAAACCUGGAUACAAGGCUCAAGAGAGACCUGGACACAAGGCUCAAGCGAGAACUGGACACAAGGCUCAAGAGAGACCUGGACACAUGGACUCAAGAGAGACCUGGAUACAAGGCUCAAGAGAGACCUGGACACAAGGCCCAAGAGAGACCAGGACACAAGUCCCAAGAGAGACCUGGACACAAGGCUCAAGAGAGACCUGGACACAAGGAUCAAGAGAGACCAGGACACAAGGCCCAAGAGAGACCAGGACACAAGGCCCAAGAGAGACCUGGACACAAGGCCCAAGAGAGACCUGGACACAAGGAUCAAGAGAGACCUCGAUACACGGCUCAAGAGAGACCAGGACACAAGGCCCAAGAGAGAUCUGGACACAUGGCUCAAGAGAGACCUGGAUACAAGGCUCAAGAGAGACCUGGAUACAAGGCUCAAGAGAGACCUAGACACAAGUCAUCUUUAAUGUAUCUACCCACAACACUUCCUGUUGUUGGUCCAAUCCCAGAUCCCCCUGCUGCAGCGAGCCCAGGCCCUGUCGCCCCGCCCCCUGUCUCUGCUGGCCAGUUCCUGGAGCGCCCCCGCAUGGUUGAAGACCAACAGUGCUCUCACUGGCAAGGGCUCUCUGAAGGGCCAGCCUGGGGGCAAGGAGCACAAGACCUGGGCUAAAUACUAUGUCAGGUAUCAUACAGUAUACACACCUUAACCUGGGCUAAAUACUAUGUCAGGUAUCAUACAGUAUACACACAAAGAACUGGGCUAAAUAUUAUGUCAGGUAUCAUACAGUAUACACACCUUAACCUGGGCUAAAUACUAUGUCAGGUAUCAUACAGUAUGCACACAAAGAACUGGGCUAAAUACUAUGUCAGGUAUCAUACAGUAUACACACAAAGAACUGGGCUAAAUAUUAUGUCAGGUAUCAUACAGUAUACACACCUUAACCUGGGCUAAAUACUAUGUCAGGUAUCAUACAGUAUGCACACAAAGAACUGGGCUAAAUACUAUGUCAGGUAUCAUACAGUAUACACACAAAGAACUGGGCUAAAUACUAUGUCAGGUAUCAUACAGUAUACACACCUUAACCUGGGCUAAAUACUAUGUCAGGUAUCAUACAGUAUACACACAAAGAACUGGGCUAAAUACUAUGUCAGGUAUCAUACAGUAUGCACAGCUUAACCUGGACUAAAUACUAUGUCAGGUAGCAUACAGUAUACACACCUUAACCUGUCUGUGUCCAAGAUAUGUUGGUGUGUAUGUUACAGUAUGAUGGUCUGUACCCGUGUCCAGGUGAAGACGUUUAACGAGGGCUGUGUGAUGGUGAGGCAGCCUGCUCUGGAGCUGAUAUCUCACCUGAAGAGAGCUGACUACAUCAAGCCCACCCUGCGCUACCUACUCUAUGGGGUGAAGGGCAGUGG